CUUUCUUCUUCUUCUUCUUCUUCUAUGGCUUCAAUGAACUUGUUGGGUUUCUCUCUCUCCCCUCAAGAACAACACACUACUACUACUCAUCAUCAUCAUCAAACUCGUUUUGUACUAUUCAAUCCCACUGCACAAGAUGAUGUAACUGCUGCUGCUGAUGGAAACUGCUUCGAUCUCACUCCUUCCACUCAUGCCGCUACUACUCUCAACCUCCCUCCUUUUUCCAUCUAUCAAGAACCCUUCAACAAUCAUCAUCAUCUUUCUACUCAUCAAGAUUGGAAAGAGAAUAACUACAUCAACCAAAACCUGCUAUUGGAAACUUCAUGCAACAACAAUAACAAUGUCGACAACAACCACCACCACCAUCACCAACAACCCAAGCUCGAGAACUUUCUCGGUGGACACUCCUUCGCAGAUCAUCAUCAUGAUUACGGUGCCAACUUAUCAGGAGACUACCUCUUCCAAAACUGCUCUCAGCCGGAAGUUACAGCAGGAGGAGGAGAAGGGUCCGCCGACGGCGGCGGUGGAAGCACAAACUCAAUAGGGUUGUCAAUGAUAAAAACAUGGCUAAGAAACCAACCACUUCAUCAUCAUCACUCAUCAGAAAACAAAGAAACCAUGAUUGCAUCUUCAAAUAAUACUACUGCACCAACAACUCAAACCUUGUCGCUUUCUAUGAGUACUGGCUCACAAUCUCUCCCACUAUUACCACCUACUAAUAAUAAUAAUGUUAGUGUUGCCGGUGCCGGUGCCGGUGCCGGAGGAGGCGGCGGAGACAGUUAUUCUUCGUCGGAAAUAAACAGCAGCAACAACAAUAACAAACAGAUAGUAGUAGUAGCAGGAGGGUCUUCAUCAACGGGAGCAGUUGAAAAUGGAAGCAUUGUUGAGAAUAACAAUGUGACCAAAAAAUCCAUUGACACUUUUGGACAAAGAACUUCCAUUUACCGUGGUGUAACAAGGCAUAGGUGGACAGGGAGAUAUGAAGCUCAUUUGUGGGAUAAUAGUUGUAGAAGAGAGGGACAGACUCGCAAAGGGAGGCAAGUUUACCUGGGAGGUUAUGAUAAAGAGGAAAAAGCAGCUAGAGCCUAUGAUUUAGCAGCCCUAAAAUACUGGGGAACCACAACAACAACAAAUUUUCCGAUUAGUCAAUAUGAAAAAGAAUUAGAAGAAAUGAAGCACAUGACAAGACAAGAGUACGUUGCGUCAUUGAGAAGGAAGAGUAGUGGAUUUUCUCGUGGUGCAUCCAUUUAUCGUGGAGUAACAAGGCAUCAUCAACAUGGUAGAUGGCAAGCUCGGAUUGGAAGAGUUGCAGGCAACAAAGAUCUUUAUCUAGGAACUUUUAGCACUCAGGAAGAGGCAGCAGAAGCAUAUGACAUAGCAGCCAUAAAGUUCCGAGGUUUGAAUGCAGUUACAAACUUCGACAUGAACAGAUACGAUGUGAAGAGCAUACUAGAGAGCAGCACCUUGCCCAUUGGUGGCGCCGCCAAGAGGUUGAAGGACAUGGACAAUGGAGACCUAAUUAAUGUAGACAAUAGUGUUCACCAAAGACAACACCAAGAAGAUCACAGCAACAACAUCAAUUCUCAUUCUCUAACUGAUGGAAUCAACAACUUUGUAACUGCGGCGGCCGCCACCCAUCAUGGUGGUUGGCCUGCUUCCCUUGCAUUCCAACACUACCCUGCUAACUAUGGAUCUUCAUCAUCAUCAUCACAAAGGUUCUGGUGCAAGCAAGAGCAAGAUUCUUCUGAUCAAAACAAUGUGUCUCACAAUUUUCAUCAAGAGAUUCAUCCUUUGCAACUAGGGGGUAGUACCCACAAUUUCUUUCAGCAUGGUAUCAUGACAUUGGAUCAUUCUGCAUCCAUGGAUAACAAUAACAGCUCUGGAUCAAGCUCUGUGGUUUAUGGUGGUGGUGGUGGGGGUGGGGGUGGGGGUGGUGAUGUCAAUGGUUAUGUGUUUCAAAUGGGUGCUGUUAUUGGCAAUGAUAACAAUGAAAUCAAGGGACUUGGCUAUGAAAGUGUUUUUGGCAGUGAGGCAUAUAAUCAAACACAUGGAAGGCAUCUGUAUUAUCAGCAACAAUCAUCAACAAUGGAUCAUAACAAUAAUGGAGCUGUAGUAGUUAAGGGUAGCCCAUAUGAUCAUCAUCAUCAUCAUGGUGGUGGUUCCAACAAUUGGGUUCCAACUGCAAUACCCACUCUUGCAGCAUCAAGGGGUCUCUGCCAUGGGGCUCCACCAUUCACAUUAUUGCAUGAAUGAAUGAAUGAAUGCAUGAAGAAUAGUUUAUUAGAACUUCUGAGUCAUAGCCAAGGUUGAAAAAAAAAAAGUAUAUGAUGUAUACAUACAUUUACUCACUAAUUUCCUAGUCCUUUUUGGCCUAAUUCUAUUCUUCUUUAUUCAUCUAAUAUGAAAUCAUUACUUAAUUAGUGAUUGAAG